CGGAAAACCCCCGGUGCCGUCGGCGGAGGCCCGGGUACAGCAGACGGCACCUGGCAGGCGACUCUUCAACAGCAACACCAUAUCACAAAGGCACUGUAACAAAUUGAGCAUCGCGGCCAAGGUCACAGACCUUGCAAACACACAAAGAUGCCUGUCCACCAUCUCAUGGUCGGCACUUGGACGCCGCCAGGAGCCAUCUUCACAUUCGCCUUUGACGAUGAAGCGCUGACGCUCGAGCUCGUCAAGCGCACCGAAAUCCCCCACGACGAAGCCAUCUCAUGGAUGACAUUUAGCCACGACAAAAAGGCCCUCUACGGCGCCGCAUCCAAGAAAUGGGCCAGCUACGCCGUUAACUCCCCCACCGACAUCACGCACCAAGUCUCCCACGACAUGCUACACGACCCUUCUGCUUCGCUAUCCACAACAAACACCCGCGCCAUCUUCCUCCUUGCGGCCAAGAAACCUCCACAUGGCAUCUACUGCAACCCGUUCUACAAGCACGCCGGCCACGGCGCCGUCUUUGCGCCAGACUCACAAACAGGCGCCCUCAAGACAAAUGUGCAAAACUACGAAUAUCAACCCAACACUGGUAUCCACGGCAUGGUCUUUGACCCGACAGAAGAGUACCUCUACUCAGCCGACUUGACUGCAAACAAGCUCUGGGUGCAUCGCCGCCCAAAUCUCGACGCACCCGAGGUAGAACUUGUCGGAUCGGUCGACUGCGACGACGAGCGCGACCACCCGCGAUGGGUAGCAAUGCAUCCGACAGGCAAAUAUCUAUAUGCGCUGAUGGAAAAGGGAAACAGAAUCUGUGAAUAUCUCAUUGAUCCGGCUACUCAUCUGCCAGUCUACACACAUCGCCAUUUCCCGCUUAUCCCACCAGGUAUUCCUGACCGCUGGACACAGUAUCGCGCCGACGUCUGUGUACUGUCACAGUCUGGCAACUAUAUGUUUGCUUCGUCACGGGCCAAUAGCUUCGAUUUGACAGGGUACGUCGCGGCGUUUAAGCUUGCGCCAGAGGGCUUCAUUGAGCGCCAAAUCUGCCUCAACCCAACACCUACUAGUGGCGGUCACAGCAAUGCUGUAUCUCCAUCUGACUGGUGUGAUGAUUGGGUCGCCAUCACUGACGAUCAAGAGGGCUGGUUAGAGAUUUACAGAUGGCAGGAUGAGUUUCUAGCGAGGGUGGCUAGAGUACGGGUACCAGAGCCGGGCUUUGGCAUGAACGCCAUUUGGUAUGAUUGAAUAGAAUAACUAAAUAAAUAGUUUUACAAACAGCAUUACGAAAGCAUUAGAUGAGCCAGUUUAAUAAAAAAAAAGAUAUAUCAAUUCCUAUGUGACGGCAUAGGAGUAAAUCUUGCACUAGAAACUAGCUUGAGUACGUACUCCCACUUCGUUGGAUCAAAGACAAAAAACAAAAACACCGUAAGCAAACAACACCAGCCCCAAGCAAUCAAGCAAAGGAUAACAUGCAGACCAGGGCCAUCUCUGUUUGCACAUAGACGCCCAAUUCACACUACUCAUACGAGCUUUCUAUUGGCAAGUCGUCAUGACUUCUUGCCGUGUCCAUUUUGCUUCCGUUUUGAUACGACUUCGCUACCGUGGGCACCAUAGUCGGCGUCAUGGCCAUUGGGACCUUUACUGGCACCUAAUAAAGGUGUCGACUCCAUGGGAGCAAUAUUCGGGCUGGUGAGGGCUGAUGGAAUCUGCUCGCGGCUGUUGACCGUCGUUAGACCCUGUUUGAUCUUGAAGACCGCACCACGCGUGUUGCUCAGAGGGUUGGCAGCACGGUUGGCUGGGCCGAGGCGAAGGUGAGCCUUGACUUCUCGUAACGAAGCCUUGACGGGGAAGACGCUUGUAUCAGGCUUGCCGUCGGGGCCAACCGAGCUUCUGCGCUUCAUAAAGACUGCCAACUGAGAUUCUUGGCUGUCGCCGGAUGUAUCACUCAGAGCGCCAAGCGAACCAACAACCAUGGGUUGUCCUUGGGCGUCUUCUCCAACAUCUACAAAGGCAGUGCCAUCGGCAGUCUUCUUAGCAGCGAUAGCAGUUCCAGCCAUUCCAGCAGCGGUAGCAACAUCCAUGUGGUGACUUCUUCUGGCUCUGGGGGCGGGUGUGAGGCGUCGAAUAGCCUUGUGCACAUCGACAUAAACGUCCGAUUCGUCGACGAUUUCCCUAUGAAGUUGUUAGUUUCACUGAUAAUGUGGUUCAGGUAGGAUGGGUCAACUUACUCGCCAAUGAGCUCCUCAAUGACGUCUUCAAGCGUGACAACACCUAGGGCACCCUGGUUGGAUCCAGGAUCAUUUGACACAAGCACCAGAUGCGACUUGCCUUCCUGGAAGAAGUUGAUGAUGUCAAGACAGCUGGUCUCAGGUCUGGUUUCGACAAUGGCACCAAGAGGAACAUCCUUGACUGGGAUGCGGUCUUCGGGGUCAUAGGUGAUUAGCGUCUUGACAAGAAGCAUACCAACAAAGUCGGUCGGGCAUCCAGAUCGGUAAAUAGGAAUACGGGAGUAUCCAGAGACAAGAAUGUUGUCCAUGGUCUUUUCGUCCAAAAUGUGGUCCUCGGAGAGCGUGUAGACGUCUUCCAUAGGAGUCAUGACAUCAGACACGGCCUUUUCCUUGAGAUCAAGCACGGCUGUGAUGAUGGUGACUUCAUCCUGGUUCAAUCGCUCCGAGAGAUCUCCAAGCGACUUGUGAAGGGUAACGAGGGUCUUGAGACCACUCUUCUUGUAGACAGUGCCAUGGUCUUCUCCAAGAAUCCAGUCGAGAAGCUUGGCAGUGGGCCAAGCAACGGGGCUAAGGAUGUACAUGAGAGCAAUGACGGGUUUCGACAUGUAUCCGCCGAUAGGGAGGCCGUGUCGGACGCAGAUGGACUGGGGGACGAUUUCACCGAAAAUGACUAUUGGGAUAGUUAGUAGCAUGUUAAUGCAGGUGGAUUUCGAACUUUCUUACCGAUGAGAACCGUGCUGCCAACAACGGCAGCAAUACCACCGCCCAGGGUUCGGUCGAGGACGACGGGGAGAGAUUCGUUGACGAUGACAUUGGCAAGUAGGAGGGUGACAAGCACCCAAUGCUUGCCUCGGGAGAGCAAGUCUAGCACUCGCUUUGCGUUUUUAUGUUGAGGUUCAGUAGGAUCGCCUGCUAGAACCUGAAGAUAGAUGCUAUCUUGACCCAUCAAGCUACAAAAAAGGGAAAUGGUUAGCAAUGGCGCCAUCGUACGGUGGCAGCGCGGGAAAUACUCACGCAAUGGUCAAGCCGGCAAAAGCUCCGCCCAAAAGGACGAGAGCCAUGGAAAAGGUGCACAGCAGCCAUAGUGGUGCCGUUUCGAGAUCGUCGCCAUGAUGUCCGGUGCGCUUUUCCAAUGGAGCGGCGGCGGCAUGAGACAAACCAAGUCCGAUUACUCUGGCCAUGCCGAGGACGGCAGGCCGGAGGCUUGUCAGACCACCAUGAGCUCCCGCAUUCCGCAUUUCGAUCCAACAGUUACGAGGGGGUGAUUCGGGGGCCGCGAGGGAGGCGAUGCGUUAGUGCCUGAAGAAAUUGGCGAUGUGACGAGUAUGGUGGAGUUUGUGGAAAAGAAA